UACCACGUUAUCUUCAUUUCUGCUACGCGCUUCUUCCACUCCUUACCAAGUAACCACCAUGGCUUCCAUGACAGAUCCUUCCUUUGAAGACACUGAUUUUUCAGAAACCAUCAACUUCAUAAACCAAAUCCUAAUGGAAGAAAACUUUGAUCACACACCAUUUCACGACUCACUAACCUUACAAAUCACACAAAAAUCCUUCUCCGAUGCUCUCUUACACCCCUUAGAUAUGCAUAAUCCUAAUGGAAGAACCACCACCUGUAGUAACAGCAAUAGCAAUAGCAGCAUCGAUAAUUCUUGUGAAUUGAAACCCCUUUCCCCUCAUACUCAUGUUUCUGAUCAGCAUAAUCAUCCUUCUAUUUCUCACAAUUUGGAUUCUUCAAUUACCAAUAUGUUGGCCCAAAACAUAUUCAGUAAUGCAGAUUCUGUUUCCCUAUUCAACAAAGGUUUUGAAGAAGCCAACAAGUUUCUUCCUCCUCAGCCUCAACUCUCCACCGGUCUAGAUUCAUCUAAUUUCAAUAUGAUCAGAGAGAUUGCGUUGAAGGGUAGAAAGAAUCACGACCGCGAAGAAGAACAAGAAGGGAGGAGAAGUAACAAGCAGACAGCUAUUAGUGUUGUUGAUGAAGAUGAACUAUCAGAAAUGUUUGAUAAAGUCUUGCUUAAUGUCGAAAAUGAUUGCUUGCAGAAUGAGCAACCAUAUUCAGCUAAUGGAGUAAAGGUUGAUUUAAGGAAUCUUCUGCUUAUGUGUUCACAAGCUAUGUAUGAUAAUGACAAUAGAAAUGCUAUUGGAUUUCUGAAGCAGAUUAGGCAACAUUCUUCGCCUUUUGGAGAUGCAUCGCAAAGGGUGGCACAUUACUUCGCCAAUGGCCUUGAGGCACGUCUAGUAGGCGAUGGAGCCGGUGCACAAACAUUCUAUUCCUCGCCGAGCACCAAGAGGAUCACUGCUUCUGAGUUUUUGAAAGCAUACCAAGUUCAUUUUACUAGCCCGCCUUUCAAAAAAUUUGCAUUUUUAUUUGCAAAUGAAAUGAUUAUGAAAGUUGCUGCAAAGGCUGAAACCCUUCAUAUUAUUGAUUUUGGAAUCCUUUAUGGUUUUCAAUGGCCAAUUCUUAUUAAGUUUUUAUCAGAUAGAGAAGGUGGGCCUCCAAAGCUGAGGAUCACAGGGAUAGAGUUUCCUCUACCCGGCUUUCGCCCGACAGAAAGAAUUGAGGAGACCGGUCAUCGUCUUGCCAACUAUUGCAAACGCUUCAAUGUUCCGUUCGAGUACAAUGCCAUAGCGUCACGGAGCUGGGAAACAAUCCGAGUUGAAGAUCUUAAAAUCAAAAGCAACGAGCUAAUCGCAGUGAACUGUUCGAUGAGGUUUAAAAAUUUAUUAGAUGAGAGUAUUGAUGCCAACAGUCCUAGAAAUACGGUUCUGAACUUGAUCAGGAAGAUAAAUCCGAAUAUUUUUACUCUGUCCAUCGUUAAUGGAUCGUAUAAUUCUCCGUUCUUCGCUACGCGGUUUAGGGAGGCAUUGUUUCAUUUUUCUGCUUUUUAUGAUUCGAUUGACACUGUCAUACCAAGGGAAAAUGAAUGGAGGAUGAUGCUUGAGAGGGAAAUCAUGGGUAGAGAAGUUAUGAAUGUUGUAGCAUGUGAAGGUUUAGAAAGAGUUGAGAGGCCUGAGGCAUACAAACAAUGGCAGGUUAGGACUACAAAGGCAGGUUUCAAGCAGCUUCCAUUGGAUGCAGAAUUAAUGGACAAAUUUAAGAGUAAGUUGAGGAAAUGGUACCAUAAAGAUUUUGAAUUUGAAGAAGACAACAAAUGGAUGCUUCAAGGUUGGAAAGGUCGCAUUUUAUAUGCUUCAACUUGUUUGGUUCCUGCAUAAUCAACUUGAUUCAUAUUAGACUUCUGGUGUGAGUGUGACUAUAAGAAUCAGUUGUUGAUCAUGUGUAAUUAGAUUAUUUUUUAGUAGGCCAUGUGAUUUGUGUUGUAAAUUGUGUUAACUAUUUGGUUUUAUGUUGAAUUUGGAUAAAUACAUGAUUAUAGACUAGUCUUAAAGAUC